UCAUUUUGUCCUUGGGAAACCAUGCAAAACCAGAGUGUUAUAACUGAAUUUGUGUUCCUGGGACUUUCAGAGAAUCCAAAUGUUCAAAAACUAAUAUUUAUCAUAUGUUUACUCGUCUACAUUGCAACUAUUGGGGGCAACAUGACGAUUGUGGUAACUGUUGUCUGUAGUCCUGCACUGCUGGGUUCUCCCAUGUAUUUCUUCCUGGCUUUCUUGUCUUUACUGGAUGCAAGCUUCUCCUCUGCCAUGACACCCAAAAUGAUUGUAGACUCUCUCUACAAGAGAAAAACCAUCUCCUUUGAAGGAUGCAUGAUACAACUUUUUGCUGAACACUUCUUUGGUGGGGCUGAGGUAAUUGUCCUAUCAGCCAUGGCCUAUGACCGUUAUGUUGCUAUUUGCAAGCCUUUACACUACUCUUCCAUCAUGACCCGGCGGCUCUGUGGUACUCUAGUGGGCGUGGCCUGGGCAGGAGGAUUCUUACACUCUAUUAUUCAAAUUAUCUUUACUUUGCAGCUGCCUUUCUGUGGGCCCAAUAUCAUUGAUCACUUCAUAUGUGAUUUGUACCCAUUAUUGGAGCUUGCUUGCACUGACACUCACAUCUUUGGCCUUUUGGUGGUUGCCAACAGUGGGUUUAUUUGCAUCUUAAUCUUCUCUUUAUUGCUUGUCUCUUAUGGUUUUAUCUUGCUGUCUCUGAGAUCUCAUAGUUCUGAGGGACGAUGGAAAGCUCUGUCUACUUGUGGGUCCCAUAUUGCUGUUGUGGUCUUGUUCUUUGUCCCAUGUAUAUUUACAUAUGCAAGACCUCCUACUGCAUUCUCCUUUGACAAAAUGGUAGCAAUAUUUUAUACCAUGCUAUCCCCGUUGCUUAAUCCUAUGAUUUACACUUUUAGGAACAAGAACAUGAAAAAUGCCAUAAGGAAAGUGUGGAAGAGAUUGAUAGUAGAUUCAGAUAAAAAAUAAAAUGUUAUAUUUUUAUCAAAAUUAAUAUAAAAAGUAAAGAAGUCAAAACU